AUGGCCUCGGCGGCGUCACAAACAGGAAAAGCGCGUGGUGACUGUACAAGUGGAACGGAUUUGAUAGGUAGGGCUGAAAUAGGGGUCCAAGUCUUAGAUCUCGCAUUUAUCUCGGAAUGUUGUGGUCGAAUGAGAAGCAUUGUCUCGCAAUUUGCUAGUUUAGGUAAUUGUUGA